AUGGCCGAAGCCCUGAGAAUAGAAGACCUCUCCGUCGAGUUUCGCAGCCCUGCCGGCACUGUCCGGGCCCUAAACGGUGUCAACCUCACCCAGGAGGAGGGCGAGACCUACUGCGUUGUGGGAGAGAGCGGCGCAGGAAAGAGCACACUGGCCCUGGCAAUCAUGGGCCUGCUUCCGCAGAACUCCUCGGUGCUUGGCGGGCGAAUUUACUUCCAGGGCGUUGACCUGAUGCGGGCCGGGCCGGACUACAUUCGGGGUCUCCGCGGACACGAGGUGUCCAUGGUGUUCCAGGACGCGCAGGCGGCCCUGAAUCCCGUGGAGCCGGUAGGGUCGCAACUGGAGGAGGUCAUCCUCCAGCACAGCGACAUGUCGCUGCGGAACGCCAACCGCAUGGCCCAGGAGAUGCUCCACGAGAUGGGGCUUCCCGACCCCAAACGGGUGAUGGGUCAGUACCCAUUCUCUCUGAGCGGCGGCAUGUGCCAGCGGGUGAUGAUGGCCAUCGCCCUAGUGCUGCGCCCCAAGCUACUCAUCGCCGACGAGCCGACCUCGGGCCUGGACGUCACGCUGCAGGCGGAGAUCCUGGAGCGCCUGCGGCGGCUGGUCAGAGAGCAGGGUUCGUCGGUACUUCUCAUCACCCACGACCUGGGCGUUGUGGCCUCGGUGGCCAAGAAGGUGGGCGUGAUCUACGGCGGCGGAUGGUGGAGCGGGCCGACGUGA